AUGCCGAAUCAUAGCCCUAGAAGCUCGCAGAAGCCGUCUCUGUUCCGGAGAUCCAAAACGUUGCCGGCGGGAUCAUAUCGAAGAUUUACAACUCCUCUGAUUCCAACUUACAGACAUGACUCCGCCUCUGAUACCGCGGCGGUGGUCAACUCUGAACCGGUGCCGAGUCAAGUUUUGGCGACUCAAUCACCGAGUCAAAGGAUAACUCGUCUGUGGACUCAUUUCUCUCUCACUAAUUGUCUCAAACUCAUUUAUUCAUUUUCUUUUCUUUAUGUGAUGUUACUUCGAGCUAAAGUUGCAAAACUAGAGGCAGAGAAGUUCAUCAUUCUAACAAGAUGUACCGGAGUUCCAGACAGUGACAACAAUGAAACUCUACAGCUGGAAGAUGUUAAUAACAGAGCUGUUGUUUUAUACAUUGUGAUUAUCACUAUAGCCUUACCCAUUUUGUUGUACAUGUAUCUCGACGAUCUCUCAUAUGUCAAGAAAAAUAUACUGAAACGAACAAACAAGAAGAAGAAAGAAGAGGUUCCCUUGAAGAAAAGAAUAGCUUAUUCACUGGAUGUGUGUUUUUCAGUAUAUCCAUAUGCUAAGCUACUCGCCCUUCUCUUCGCAACAUUUGUUCUUAUACUAUACGGUGGCUUAGCCUUGUAUGCGGUCAGCGAUUGUGGGGUUGAUGAAGCCCUUUGGCUAUCAUGGACUUUUGUGGCGGAUUCGGGAAACCACGCUGAUAGGAUAGGUGUCGGACCGAGGAUAGUUUCUGUGGCUAUAAGCGCUGGAGGCAUGUUGAUAUUCGCUACAAUGCUUGGACUCAUUUCAGAUGCUAUCUCUAACAUGGUAGACUCUCUGCGGAAAGGGAAAAGCGAAGUCCUUGAAAGCAAUCAUAUACUUAUACUUGGAUGGAGUGAUAAAUUGGGUUCCCUUUUGAAGCAGUUGGCAAUAGCAAAUAAAAGCAUUGGUGGAGGUGUUGUGGUGGUGCUAGCGGAACGAGACAAGGAAGAGAUGGAGACUGAUAUUGCCAAAUUUGAAUUUGAUAUGAUGGGAACAUCAGUUAUAUGUAGAAGUGGUAGUGCACUUAUACUCGCUGAUCUGAACAAGGUUUCAGUUUCAAACGCACGUGCUAUCAUUGCACUUGGAUCUGAUGAAAACGCUGAUCAGAGCGAUGCACGUGCCUUAAGGGUGGUUCUCAGUCUAACAGGAGUGAAGGAGGGUUUGAAAGGGCAUGUUGUAGUUGAAAUGUGUGAUCUUGACAACGAGCCAUUGGUUAAGCUUGUUGGUGGAGAGGGCAUUGAAACAGUUGUAGCUCAUGAUGUGAUUGGACGCUUAAUGAUACAAUGCGCUCUUCAACCUGGCCUUGCGCAGAUCUGGGAGGAUAUAUUGGGCUUUGAGAAUGCCGAAUUUUACAUAAAGAAAUGGCCUCAGCUUGAUGGUUACCGUUUUGAAGAUGUCCUCGUUUCAUUUCCUGAUGCUAUUCCCUGCGGAGUGAAGGUUGCAGUGGAUGGGAAGAUAGUUUUGAAUCCAAGUGACAACUAUGUUCUGGAAGAAGGAGAUGAAAUACUUGUUAUAGCCGAGGAUGAUGACACUUAUGCUCCUGGUUCACUUCCAGAGGUGCGGAUGUGUCAUUUUCCAAAAAUGCAGAAUCCUCCAAAAUAUCCAGAGAAAAUACUAUUUUGUGGUUGGCGGCGUGACAUUGAUGAUAUGAUCAAGGUGCUAGAAGCUCUGCUUGCGCCUGGAUCUGAGUUGUGGAUGUUUAAUGAAGUUCCAGAUCAGGAAAGAGAGAAAAAGCUGACCGAUGCAGGAUUGGAUAUAUCCACAUUGGUGAAUAUUAGACUUGUGCAUAGGCAGGGAAAUGCAGUAAUUAGACGUCAUUUAGAGAGUUUACCUCUAGAAACUUUUGACUCGAUCUUAAUUCUUGCAGAACAGUCACUGGAAAACUCUAUUGUUCAUUCAGACUCCCGAUCUCUUGCCACACUUCUCCUUAUUCGAGAUAUACAGUCCAAACGGCUUCCCUACAAAGAUACAAAAUCAAACGUGCUCCCAGGUUGCUGUUGGGUCCGUAAAAUGCAGCAAGCUUCAGAUAAAUCAAUUGUGAUAAGUGAAAUUCUGGACUCAAGAACAAAGAACCUUGUCUCUGUCUCCAGAAUAAGUGAUUACGUACUAUCCAACGAGUUAGUUAGUAUGGCUCUUGCGAUGGUGGCAGAAGAUAAACAAAUAAACCGUGUUUUAAAAGAGCUUUUCGCUGAGAAGGGUAACGAAUUGUGCAUAAGACCUGCAGAGUUCUACAUAUAUGAUCAAGAAGAGGUUUGCUUCUAUGAUAUAAUGAGAAGGGCUCGUCAAAGACAAGAAAUCAUAAUCGGUUAUCGCCUUGCGGGUAUGGACCAAGCUGUUAUAAAUCCUUCAGAUAAAUCAAAGCUUAAAAAUUGGUCGCUUGAUGAUGUUUUUGUAGUCAUUGCUUCAUGUCAGUAACUAACAAAACCGUAGAUGAGCUUUUCAUGUAUUUACACCUAAUCUCUGAGUAAUAGAGAUUUGCUUAUUAGAGCAACCAAAAAAACAAAGAAUAUAAGCCAUUUGCAUUUUAUGGUGAGAUGGUAAGAAG